AGGGGUAUCCCCAACCGGAAACGACCGAUCUAGGCCGAUUGCUAUGUUCCUUAAUUUUAUGUUUUAGUGGCUAAUAUCAUUCACUUAUUUUUUAUUCAUUUUAUUUGUUAGUAUUUUAUCUUUUUAAAUGUACGGAAAUGUAUAUUAAAAUUUACCUGUGUGAGCGACAUCUCGAUUAAAGCUCGUGGUGACAAUCAGUGACGUCAUAGUGUGAGCAUCAACAAAAGUUGAUACUACAUUCUACAAGGACACCCUGGUCUCUUUAUUGGAUUGAUACUAAUUAUUCACUGCUGCAGCAGUUUUUUAAGGCAAUGGAGCACAUUAACUAAUGAAUGUUAGACAUUUCUGUAUGUCCAGUAGGGGCAUUUGCCCCCUGAAGAGUUGAUAAAACUGUAAUGUCUUGUGGCAGUGGAGGACCGCCAUCUUGGACAGCAGCAGGUUCUCACAGCAGUAACCAUUCACAAGUGCGCCACUCGAGUAGGGAAGGGGUUAUGGAAAACAUCCAUGUAGAUCCCCGCAAACAAGAAUUAUUAGAAGCCAGAUUCUUAGGAGGCAGGUUUCAGCCUCUGGUAAUGCCACAGCCUCCACAAGAACAUCAACAAGACAGCAGUAAUUUAAGCAGUGGUGGUUCCAUUGAUAAAGAAGAUGGAGAGGGAUUGAUGCAAACUCCUGAUAAAGGUAAACAAAAUGACAGAAAAAGAAAACGGAAAUCAGGUGUUGAGAACCCUUCAGCUACUAAAAGAGCUGAAACAAAUGGAAAAAAGAUAAAUGAAUAUUUUAAGCAGAAUCAGUCACCAAGUCGUACUGGGCAACCUAUUAAUGCUGCAGGAGCUAAGUCACCAUCUCCUCAAGCAUUUGGCAAUAUUAUUCCGCAUUCACCCAACAACUCUUCCAAUUCAAUAGCUGACAUUAUGAACACAUCAUGUCGACCUCUUGUACAAAAUAUUUGUUCCAAUGCUUCUGCAAAAAGUGUACAAACUGACUUUUCUAUGGCUCACCUUCAAGCAAUGGAGAGUCAGUCAAUGUCAGACUUGGAACAGAAGGAUACUAGAAUAGAUGAGUUGAUACGACAAAAUGAUGAAUUAAAGCGUCAGUGUACAGCACAAAAUAAAUUGCUAGAAAAGCAUAAAGAAAAUUUGCAGAAAUGCUUAGAAGUGAACAAAUCUUUGCUAAUUGAAAAGAGUACGUUGGAAAAGAAAACCACACGUCAAAAAUGUAUGGAAAACAGACUACGGCUUGGGCAAUUUGUUACACAGCGACAAGGAGCUCAGUUUGUAGAAAAUUGGGUUGAUGGUUGGGCAUUUCAAGAUCUUAUGAAACAACAAGAAAGAAUAACAGCAGAUAAAGAUGAUAUAGAUAAACAAAGAAGAUUGUUGAUGAAAAGAAAGCCACCUACAGCUAUUGGCAAAAAUGCAAAGCAUGACAAUUUUCUCAAGCCUGGAGAAAAGUAUUUGACGUUGGCUGAGUUUUAUGAGCAAGAUGAAAUUUUAAAACUUCGGGCAGCUGCUUUAAAAAAAGAAGAUGCUGAUCUUCAAUUAGAAAUGGAAAAGUUGGAGAGGGAAAGAAACUUACAUAUACGAGAACUAAAAAGAAUUCAUAACGAGGACAACUCUAGAUUUAAAGAUCAUCCAACACUAAAUGAUCGCUACCUUUUGUUGUGCUUGUUAGGUAAAGGGGGAUUUAGUGAAGUCCAUAAGGGUUUUGACUUAAAAGAGCAGCGAUACGUAGCAUGUAAAAUUCAUCAAUUGAAUCGAGAAUGGAAAGAAGAUAAAAAAGCAAACUAUAUCAAACACGCUUUAAGAGAAUACAACAUUCACAAAACAUUGGACCACCCUCGAAUUGUCAAACUUUUUGAUGUGUUCGAAAUAGAUAACAAUUCAUUUUGUACAGUUUUAGAAUAUCAGAAAGGAAAUGAUCUUGACUUUUACUUGAAACAAAACAAGAGCAUUCCAGAAAAGGAAGCGCGGUCGAUCAUUAGUCAGACGGUCAGCGCCCUUCGUUAUCUCAAUGAGAUUAAACCACCUGUGAUACAUUAUGAUCUUAAGCCUGGUAAUAUUUUGUUAGGCAGUGGAUCUGUAAGUGGAGAAAUAAAGAUUACAGAUUUUGGCCUCAGUAAAGUUAUGGAUGAAACAAAUUUUCAUCCUGAGGUUGGCAUGGACCUCACAUCGCAGGGAGCUGGAACUUAUUGGUACUUACCACCUGAAUGUUUUGUGGUUGGUAAGACUCCACCAAAGAUUUCUUCCAAAGUUGAUGUUUGGUCAGUGGGUGUCAUUUUUUAUCAAUGUUUAUAUGGUAAAAAGCCAUUUGGGCACAAUCUGUCUCAAGCGGCAAUAUUAGAAGAAAAUACAAUAUUAAAGGCUACAGAAGUUGAAUUUGCUUCUAAGCCGCCAGUUACUCAGGAGGCCAAGAAUUUCAUCAGGAGGUGUUUACAGUAUAAAAAAGAACAUAGACCAGAUGUAUUGCAAUUAGCUGCUGAUGAUUACCUUAAACCUGCACAGCUUAAAUCUAAAAAUAUGACUGAUGGAAGUAGUUACUCCAGCCAGAGUUCUCUUCCUGCUAAUACUAUAAGUGGUGGUUCUAACGUUGUGAUGUUGACAAAUAACCAGACCUCCACAACCACCAACUCCCACGGCGCCUCACAGAAUCCUUCUUUUAGUUUUGCGGACAAGUUCUCCUAGUCAUAGUGUUUGGAUUAUUUCUAUCAGGAAAUUCUCUAAAAAUUUAAGAGAUGUGCGGCGGCUGUUACUGCUUAUGACUUUUUUGUGGCACACUUAACCUUUGAGAGCAUAGAAGCAAAGCACACGUCAUUGUGACACUGUCUGUGACAGUAAAUGACAUUUUAUUCUAUUGGACCAUAUUCGUACUAGUUUAUUAUAACAUCUCAUAUGAAUAGCUAUGUCAUCAUUCAUAGUCACGUUUCGAUAAAAAGAUAUCUUUUUCCUUAUCUUUUAGAUUAGAAAUAGAGAAAUAAUGUCUAAUUUAGAUGUGAGGGCAUUUAAUUUUGUGUUGGAGUUUAAUAUCUAGAAAUAAAAGAGUUGAAAAGAAGGGAUACACCGAUAAACAGAUCUUAUCUGGUCAAUCAAGCUGUGUUGUGGAGUAGCACUGAACCUGAGCAAUGGUUGAAAUUGGACUACCAUAUAUUGGUAUUACAGUGACUCUAAAAUCCAAAUGUUUAGCUAUACCUAACAGGAUCAUUGUCAGCCCUUCCCACACCAUUUGUUUUGAAUUGUUGUGAUCACUUGGACAUCUCCAGUGAACUUUGUGUUAUGACUAUAUUUGUACUACAAUUUGAGAAAUCUAGUUGCCAGUUGCCAUAUUGGUACUGCUUAAGGUUUUCAGAUACUGGUAUAGCAUUGCAUCAUUUGUCAUGAACUAAACUCUUUCCUUAUGUAUGAUCUGGGUUUUUAUUUCCUUUACAGUUCAGCAUUUGAUUUUCUGAUUUCCAUUGCAAAAAGAAAAAAAAAACUGCUAGUAAAUUGGUGCUUUAGUUUUAAUGCAACUAAAGGUUUAAACUAAAAUAUUUUGAAAUGCACUUUUAAUAAAGAAUAUUGAGCUCUUUCAAUUGAAAAAAAGACCCUAGGUUAUUUAUUGUUUUUAUUUUUCUACUGUACAUUUAGGCGAUAGAGUGUUUGUAAUGUGCUAAAACCAUGAACAAAUUCAGUGACCUGUUUUUGGACUUUGCUGUAAAGUUGUUUUAUUGCUUUAAAGUAUGUUCUAAAUUUUAACUUUUUUUUUCAUAACUUUCUACAUGUCAAGACAAUAACAUGUAGCCAACACUUUUAUUAAAGCAAUCAUUGAGGAACUGAAUUCAAUGGCCUGGAAAAUUGUUCUUGAUGUUACUUAUAGCUAAGAGAAAUAAGCAAAGUAAUUCUAUAUUGUAAACUUAAGGAAAAUUCCUUUUUUUUUUUUUUUUAAAUAUCCUUUUCUUGAAAAAAUUGUGUUUAUGUUUAUUGUAUUUGAUUUGAUAAAUUUAAUUAAUUAAUAUUAGAUUAGAUUAUUAUUUCUAAUUCAAUAAUUUUUUUUUUCUUCUCUUGAAACUAAAAUUUGUCUUACUUUAAAUGGCAACUUCAGACAAGAUGCACAUUCCUUAUGUGACGCUUGAGACAUUCAUUGGAUUAUUCAUGUAAUCCAGCUGUAAAGAAUGGGACAAUGCUUUCACAUUAUUGUAUAACAAAAAUGAUUAUUGCCAUGGAUAAAUAUAUUUAGGGAAUCCCUGCAUUUUUGUGUGACUUUUUAAAAAGUUUUUUUUUUUUUUUUACAAUUGAAUGUGUCACUUAAAUCAAACGUCUACUGUGAGAAGUAAUUUUGUUACAUGAGCGCAAUCAUCUUGUUUUUUUUUUCCCCUACUACUAGCAGUAUUUUGUUUGAUUGUUUCUGUUAUUAUCUUUGUCAACUAAGUACAAAGUACUUUCUCUCUGGAUGCACAGUCCAGUGUUACAUUUCUUUUUUUAUGCCAAAUACUUUUAAGUUGAACAGAUGACAAAUGUCAUGGCUGGAGCAAUAGUUCAUUUGUACAGACUUGUGUGUUUGUGUUGGAUGAAUUGAGUGUGUUUAUGUGUAGCAUGUGAUGUGUUGAUGAUGUGUACCAAUUGUCACAUUUCUGCCUGAUCAAACUGGUUAAGGCUAUUAUUUGAAGAAAAUGGGUUAUCUGCAUUAGUAAAUCUUGUACUACUAAAACACUAGAAAAUAUUUAGCCACUAUUUGUCUUGGUAUCACUAGAAAAGGUGAAAUAAUUGAAAGAGGAAUAGUACAACAUGGUGUUAAAUACACCAUUACUUUUAAAAAUACAUAUGCUCUCAAUUUGUAUCUAUUUCUAAGUAAGCUCAAAGUUUGUGCUAAUUAAUAAAUAAAUCUCAAUGCUAUCCACAAUACAACCAUAUGCUCCAUGCUAUACUUGAGGUCUGCCCAAUUAUUAGUGUUUAUCCACGGUCAAUCCAUAUCACAAAAAUUUAAUUUUGCUUAUUUUGCUGAAAUUCAUACUUUGUUUCUGUAAAGUUGUUUGAUUUUUAGAAUUUCAAAAGUGAUAACUUAGGAAGAAAAGGACCCUGAAAAAAUAUUGGAAUGCUUUAGUUUCAUUUUUUUUUUUAAUAAUGAUAAGCAAAAUUGUGUACAAAUUAUUUUUUUUAAAUAUUCAUUUGUUUAAAAGCAUACUUUGCAAACAUUGAUUAUAAUUAUUUACAUCUAUUUUUUUUUUUUUUUGUCUAAAGCUGAUUAUGAAUAUUGUAAUGUUUUACAGGUUUGUACAGGACUGUGUCGAACCAGAAACAAAAUACUUGGCUGCCUGUUCAGUUAAACAUUCAUAAGGAAACUUACAGUGCAUACUCUAUAACACUAUUCGAUGCAUAGAUAGUGAUGAUGGGAAAGGAUAACUUAGUUUGGGAAGGGGAAAAUGUUCAAGAACAUUUAAUAUACAAAACCAAAUCAAUAGAACUUUAAUAAUGCUUUCAACAUCUCUUUUCAAGAAUUCUUGGUACAAGGCUUCUAUCUGAAUGGGCAUGAUUACCUGUUGGUAGAACAUGCAGUCGGGGUUCACAAACAAAAUUCUAAAUUUAAAAAAAAAAAGCCACAAUGUUGUUGUACCUUCUAUAUAAUUUUGCAGAGUUUUGAUUUUUUAAAAUUAGGGAUGUUAGUAAUUUUGUAUGUUAGAAGCACUUGAGAGUAGAAAUGGAAGCGCAAAUAUGGCUGUAAUUUCUUAAGUCAAGUAUCCAUUAUAUUUAUUUAUAGGUUAGGUUAUUCCAUUAAAUUAAAGUGAAUAUUUUUCCUUUGUCAUAUCCAGGUGCUCAUCUUGUGUUCAUUAUUGUGUUUAUUUAUUGAUGUCACUAUAUCAAAGAAUGGAUUACUUUGACAUUUGGCUCAGAAAGGUUGUCUAUAUUUUGUUAACACAUAACUAUAAUGAUCUUUUUGUCCAGCUUUUAUUUUUCAUCUAUCAACUUAGUGCAGGUUCUGGAAAGAUUUUUGUGGCAAUAAUUUCUUUUUAAUUGUUAAUUAUCAUCAAUUUACUAUCAAAACAUAUUUGCAUGUGUUUUGCUAACACACCAUCAACACAGAAGUAAAAUUCAUCUCAUUUUAAUUUAGAAAAAAAAAAGUUCCCCAUUGUUAUCUUGUUACAGUAAGUUAUUUUAUAAUCUUCAAAUACAUCCGGGUCAUAUCAAGUCUCAGAGCCUUUAGUUUUUGUUUUUUUUUGUUCUGUAUGGACCUAUGCUGUUUCUCUUGCAUGCAUUAUACUAACUAAAUCAUUAUAUAAAACAAAGCUUACAUAGUCACAUGAUCAUCCCGUAACUCCAAGUGUUUGUGUACCCUAUACUUCAGUGUUACAGGGUAUGGUUCAAGCUGUAUUGUUUCACUUUGGACUUGACUAUCUUUUACAUUUGAAACAUAGAUAGCUUACAAGUGAUUUGUUUCCUUAUUUCAACGCCUCAUGACAGCAUUUCAAAAGUUGGAUCCAGUACCAUGUAAUAUAAUUGAACUGUGAAUAUGUACAUUUUUUUUUAUUUUGAACGGUUUUUUUUUUGUGAAACAUUUCUCCAUCAUUGUAUCAUCACAAAAUUGUAUUGCAGAUAGAAAGUGAGGCUUUUUUGUUUUCUUGUCACAUUUAUCUCUAACACUAGUGUCCAUUUACAUUAGUUUGUGUUUGUCAUUUUUAUUAUUUUAUUUCUUUGUUUAUGUGUGCAUCCUUGCACAUAGUGUUUCAAUCAUAUGCAUAUGACUGAUCAGUAUCAUUUAAGUGUUGGUGGGCGGUCCUUCCAAGUGCGUAAAGAAAUAAAAUUCCAAUGUGUAAUUGACGCAAGUUUCUAAGGACUCAUGUCUUUCAUCCUAGGCUUAUUUAGAGGUGACAAAGUUGGACUACCUUGUUAUUUACUUUCUGGUCUUAAUUGAUUACACCUAAUUGUUUGACAAGACCAUCAAUAAGUGAAGUGAACCAAUCAUCUGGAUGGCUUGUGAUACUACUACUACUAUACACAUUGCAUCAGUAUUUAGAAUUGUCUCCCCUCUCCUUGUGUAUAAAUGUCUGAAUUUAUUAUGCAUGAUUCAAUUUCAAUUUCUAAUAUGAUGGUCAGCUUACAGAUGGUCAUUUAGUAGGUUUUUUUUUGUUUUUUUUUCGACAACUAGUGAACUCUUCAUAGCGAACUGUAUGUACCAGAUAAAAUCAGUGAAUUUUAAGCUGGUAGACACUAGAUUUCAGCUACUGGUACUUAAGAUGUUUUUCCUCUAUAUUUUCAAUUUAUGUUUCAGGAAGAGAUACUUGUACAGAAAUAGUCAGUUGACAACAUUGAACAUUAUUUUUGUUCAAUACUUUUUAAAAAGUAAAUGUUGACAGAUCUUUGAUUACAUUUUUGCACAUUUGUGUUAGAGAAUGAAUUGCUGUGAAAAAAGUUUUCAUUGCAGUGAGUGACAUGAUGCCCAUCAGUGUUUGUGUAGACAUUUCAUUAGCCCUUGUUCAGAAAUUCAAGAUAAUUUUGAAAUGAGAUGAAUGUGUGUAUACAAGUGAGUGGAUCUAGUGAGUGUGUGCAAAUGUCAUUUUGUCAUGUGCUAUUGACGAUAUUAUGCAUUUCUGUAUAGUCCAAUAAAUGAAUUGUUUUGUUAAUGAAUAA